CGGCCUGUGCAGAAUAUGACGCAAAAAGUAGAUGUCAGAUUUGGUUUAGCCUUUGUACAACUUAUUAACGUGAACGAAAAGAAUCAAAUCAUGAAAUCGAACGUGUGGCUGCGAUUAGUGUGGAGCGAUUAUCAAUUGCAGUGGGACGAAGCAGAUUACGGCGGCAUCGGCGUACUGAGGUUGCCGCCCGACAAAGUUUGGAAGCCGGACAUAGUUUUGUUCAAUAACGCUGAUGGUAAUUAUGAGGUGCGGUAUAAAUCAAACGUUUUAAUAUACCCUAACGGCGAAGUGUUAUGGGUACCUCCUGCCAUUUAUCAGAGUUCUUGUACCAUAGAUGUAACGUAUUUUCCAUUUGAUCAGCAAACGUGCAUUAUGAAAUUCGGUUCCUGGACUUUUAACGGUGAUCAGGUAUCGCUGGCUCUGUACAAUAAUAAGAACUUCGUCGACUUGUCUGAUUACUGGAAAUCAGGCACGUGGGACAUAAUAGAAGUUCCCGCUUAUCUAAACAUAUAUGAGGGUAAUCAUCCUACGGAAACGGAUAUUACGUUCUACAUAAUCAUAAGAAGGAAGACAUUGUUCUACACUGUGAAUUUAAUCCUGCCAACCGUACUGAUUUCGUUUCUUUGCGUACUUGUAUUCUAUCUGCCGGCCGAAGCUGGCGAAAAGGUGACAUUGGGUAUAAGUAUUUUGCUGUCACUGGUUGUGUUCCUGUUGCUGGUAUCGAAAAUUUUACCUCCUACAUCACUUGUGCUGCCACUGAUCGCCAAAUAUUUGUUGUUCACUUUCAUCAUGAACACAGUCAGUAUUUUGGUGACUGUUAUUAUAAUAAACUGGAACUUCAGAGGACCCAGAACACACAGAAUGCCUUUAUGGAUACGCAGUGUAUUCUUACAUUAUCUACCCGCCAUGCUUCUCAUGAAGAGGCCUCGCAAAACACGCUUAAGAUGGAUGAUGGAAAUGCCAGGCAUGGGUGUGCCACCUCAUCCUUCCUAUGGAUCGCCUUCAGAAAUUCCAAAACACAUUAGUGCUAUCGGCACUAAAUCUAGUAAGAUGGAAGUUAUGGAGCUGUCAGAUCUUCACCAUCCCAAUUGCAAAAUAAAUCGCAAGAUGGCUGCUGGUGAUUUAGGAGGAGGUGGACCAGGGUGUGGAGUUCCAGAUCCCUGUCGUCGGGAAAGCGAAAGUUCCGACUCAAUUUUACUUUCGCCAGAAGCGAGCAAAGCCACAGAAGCCGUCGAGUUCAUUGCAGAACAUCUACGGAAUGAGGAUCUUUACAUACAGACUCGUGAAGAUUGGAAGUACGUGGCGAUGGUUAUAGAUAGACUGCAAUUGUAUAUAUUCUUCAUUGUUACCACUGCCGGAACCGUAGGCAUCCUAAUGGAUGCGCCGCACAUAUUCGAAUACGUCGACCAAGAUCGCAUCAUAGAAAUCUAUAGGGGAAAAUGA